AUGAGCUCACCUCCCCGUGCCGAAGCCUCCGACGGGCAGGACGGGCGGCCGCUGCUCGCGCAGUGGGACGUCGACGAGGCCCUGCGGCGCUCCAUGGAACGUGGCGGCAACGGCAAUGACGAGCGCUCGCCUCUCCUCAGCAGCAAUGCGUCGAGCGUGGGCCGACCCAGCAACGGCGCCGCGGCGGCCAAGGCCGUCGACGAGACGCAGACGACCAAGAGCAUGUGGUACAUGACCAUGCUGACCAUCAGCAUAGGCGGCCUGCAAAUAGCAUGGUCCGUCGAGCUGUCCAACGGGUCGCCCUAUCUGCUGUCUCUUGGCCUCAGCAAGUCCCUCAUGGCCCUCGUCUGGAUCGCCGGCCCGAUGACGGGCGCCCUGGUGGUGCCGUACGUCGGCGUGCUGAGCGACCACAGCAGGCGCCCCUGGGGCAAGCGGCGGCCGUACAUGGUUGGCGGCACCAUAGCCACGAUACUCGGGCUGCUGUUUCUGGCGUGGACGAGGGAGAUUGUGGGAGGCAUCUUGAGCGUCUUUGGCGCCGACCCCGCCUCGGAAGGGGUCAAGGCCGUCAUCAUCAUCGCCGCCGUCGUCGGCAUCUACGUCUUGGAUAUUGCCAUAAACACCGUGCAGGCCGCGAUCAGGGCCUUCAUGGUCGAUUGCGCCCCGGCCCACCAGCAGGAGCUCGCCAACGCCAUGGCUAGCCGUCUCACCGGCGUGGGCAACAUUGUUGGGUUUAUCGCCGGGUACAUCGACCUGCCGGCGCACCUCUGGUUCCUGGGCGACACGCAGUUUAAGAUUCUUUGCGCCAUCGCCUGCAUUGCACUGGGGGUUACGAUUGCGCUGAGCACCCUGACGAUUCACGAGAGAGACCCCCGGGUGGACGGCUCUCCUGCCAAGAAAGCCCCCGGCUUCGUGCCCUUUUUUCUCACCAUCUUCAAGUCCAUCAAGCGGCUUCCACCACAGACUAUGCGAGUGUGCCAGGUACAGUUUUGUGCCUGGGUCGGAUUCUUCCCGCUUCUGUUCUACACGUCGUCUUACAUUGGCGACAUUUAUAUACAGCCAUAUCUCGAGGAAAAUCCCCACAUGACGCCAGAGGAACUCGACAAGCUUUACGAAAAGGCGACACGAGUUGGAACCUUUGCUCUUCUUAUCAACGCGAUCGUCAGCCUGUGCACGAAUGUCUUCCUGCCGUUCUUUAUUGCGCCGACCUUUGACAGCCAGCCUGUCAGCGCAAUGACUGCCCCAGGGCAUGGCGCGGGGACGACGGCGGCGGCAGAUAUCGACGGUCGGCGCCACUGGCUGGAAUACCUCCGAAUCCCAGGCUUCACACUCAAGCGCGCAUGGCUCGGCUCGCUGGCGCUCUUCGCGGGGGCCAUGUUUUGCACUCUCUUCGUCCGCUCAGUUCAAGGCGCCACGGCUCUCAUCGGCUUGGCCGGCGUAACAUGGGCCAUGGCCCUUUGGGCGCCAUGGGCAAUCAUCAGCGCAGAGAUAAGUCGGCAGAACGCCAUCAAUAGGGCAAAGAAGCUUCAAGAUAUGGCUUCUCAAAUCGAUGUACCGAGCCCAAGCCCCUCGUCUUCUAAUGGCGAGUCAAACCACGGGGCAGGCCGAGGUGCCCAUGCGGAUGAAGAAGACGAGGAAGAGACGGAUCGCACCGGCGUGAUUUUGGGGAUCCACAACAUGGCCAUUGCUGUGCCUCAGAUCCUCGCGACGGUGGGAUCCAGUAUCAUCUUCAAGUUCUUGCAGAAACCGCGCGGGACGCCUGGUGACCACAGCAUGGCCGUGGUCAUGGCGCUCGGUGGGGGGUUUGUGCUGCUCUCCUGCUUCUUCGCCGCCAGCGUGAGGGACCGCCCUCCCGAGUUGCCAGAGGAGGUUGUCGUUGAGGAACAACUUGAGGCACCAGGCAGCGCGGCCCCGGGCCACUAG